GCUGAGUACUCCUAUAGGUACAGACAAUGGCCCCUGCAAGCACUUUCACGCCGAAGGCGUCACUAACCGACGCACCUACCAACCUCAAGGAAGCCAUUGACUGGGUCCUCAGGGUAACUGGUAGGGAUGGAAAGGCACUGAACAAGGACAAUGGAGAAUGCAUAUGUGGCCUUGCGGCGGCAGUGACUGACCUACUGCAGUCAGUAGAACUGGAGUACCACGGCUAUCAAGGUGAUGUUAAGAAUGGCGCUGACGCCAAUAAAGGCCCCCCAAAAGAGCGAGUCACAGAGUGCCUCAAUGGACUCUUCUCACUAGUCCAGGGACUAGGUGGUGCCGCUGUGGUACGGACCUACAUAGACCAGUUGGCACAGGUACUCAGUGCACUCGUUGGGUGGAGUAGGAUAGAUAAGUGUGAUGACAAUGGCACGUGCAAGGUCGGUGCCCAUGGAUAUCAACAUGGCAAUAAACCGGAAUGCAAGUAUCUCAAGGAUGUGGAGGAAAAUAAGCCGUGUGAAACAUGUGGAUGUAUGAAAUGGAAUGUGCCCAACCCGGACAACGAAGGAACACCGCUGGGAAGGAAGUGUACAAGGUGUAGUGGUGGUAGUGCAGAGUGUAAGUGUAGUACUAGUGGUGGCGCCUGUACAGGUCCUGGCAAGGAGUGUCAAUGCGCUCUAGCAGGCAAAUGCUGCAAGUGUUGUUGUAAUGGGAGGUGUACGGCGUGUAAGAAGGAGUGUAGCUGUGUCGUAAAUGACAAGAAUGACGACACGAAAAAGCUUGAACGCCACAUACACAAGGACUCGUAUCAGUCGGCAUAUGGAGGUUUAUUGAGCUUCGAGUCAUACGUAGGUGGAACGAACCAGGCAUACCGACAACCUAUAUGGAAUGACCUCAGUGGUAUACUACCUGGUGAUAAAAAUAUCAUAGGCCUGCUUGAUGGCACAGCCAGUAAUCGCCGUCACCACUGUGCCCGGAUCCUACUAGGCUCAGUAUGCCUCAUCUGGAGCGGACUUACUUAUAUGUAUUGGACCGGGAAGUGGGCCAAGGGUAGUCCUCGGUGGAACAAUCACAUUUUGGACGGUAGUGGUCUAGAUGACGGUACACUAUCCCAAUGGUUACAGGCCCUAGGGUUCCCAAGGGGUAUGAUUAAUAAUAGUGGUCCUAGAAAUAGGUGGGAUGCUAUUAUAUGGGAUGGGUUUAGGGGUAUGUUAUAUUUGGGAUUCCCGGAUACUGGUAAUAAUAGUAAUGCCCAUGGCCAUGACAACAAUGCUAAUACAUUCAGAAAUCCGGCUGGUAUGAACUAUGCUGGAUAUAUACAUACCGUAGACAGGGGUGCAUUUUGCAGCAAGGCUACUGUAUUCAAUAAUGGUACCACCAGCAUAACUGAGGAAAACAUCAACAAAUGUGGUGCCUUGUACAAGCUCUAUAUUCUAUCAUGUGCCUAUUUCACUGGAUUGCAGAAAAAGCGUAGUACCCAGAGCAAUACUCCUACGACUCCCAAGACCAUCCGUGAGAUCCUAUACUGGCUAAGUGCACUGCCCUAUAGUACGGCAUACCCAUUGAUACUGAAGCAUGGUAAGGAUAGACUAAGAGAAGUGACACAGAAACCCGGAGACAAUGACAAUGAAACACCAACACUCGCCUUUCACCAAACAGGCCGUACCCAUCCCAUUACGGUCCAUGAAUUUAACCUGUUUGCUCACUUCCAAGCAGUGACCCAGUACUGCCCACUGGUGCUCAUAGGUAUCCAGGGUGGAAUUCAUAGUACCACUAAAGGCACUGACAGCACUAAAGAACCUGCCAUUCACUCCCUGUACUCCAACUCUCACUUCUCCUUCACCUACCCAUCAGUUGAUAUCCAAGCAUACAACCAGGUGGUUCACUACAUUAGGGCUCUAUUCUACCAGUUGUAUUUCCUUAGGAAGCAAUGUGCAGUGAAAGUUGCUAUGGGAGGGAAGUGGCGGGAGUGUAGGUAUGGUAAUGGGGUGCUUGGGAAGGAUGCAGUUAGUUGGAUGUGCCUGGGGUGUAACCCCAUGGAUCAUGAUAGGAAAUGGAGGGUGGGGAAGGUAAAGGAGGGAUUAGGAAAAGUAGUGUCUAAGGGGAAAUCAGAGGAGGAAAAAGCUAAAGCACUAUUGGAAAAGAUUGGCGAGGUGGUGGUACAAUUGGGUAAUGCCCAGGAGGCAUUGGAAGGGAAGAAGACGGAGGCUAUAGAGAAGGUGAAGGAAGAACUAACGGAGGCUAAGACGAAACUAGAGGAUGCGGUGAAGAAGGAUGGGCUGACUGGGAAACUAGCGGAGGCUACGAAGAAACUAGAGGCGCUGACGAAUAAUGGUGGUGGUGAUAAAGGAGCACUGCAUAUACUAGUGGAUAGUGGUCCUGGGUCAUUACAUCAGGUAGCAACUGCUUCAAAGGAGUACGACAAAGACUAUAGUAGUGGCAAGGACAGGAUAAGUGCUGCUAUCAGUGGAGUAAGGGAGGUACUGGAGCUAAUAAAGGGCUGGGCAAAAGGUGAAAUAGAAAAACAAAAGACUGCGAAAGAAAAUAUGAAAGUCGUAUUAAGGCUAGAGAUACCACAGGAGUACACCAAACUCCUCAAUGACAUAGAAGACCUCAUAUCCAUCUGCACCUCUCCCAAGUGCCCUGGAUGUACAAAACACAGCGAGAAAUGUGGCCGACAGCCACAGUCCAAGUACUGUGACAAGUGCCACCAACAAUACAUGGACGGCUUCCCCUCCCCCCUCCAGGCAUUCCUAGAGGACAGAUUGCCAGGUUUUAGUUGUGACGUAGUACGAAACAAUGACAGCGAACAGCCAUACCCACCCGCCGCAUCUCACUUGGGACAUUGUAAUGGCUCUGGCCAGUGCUGCCCAUUGCCCAUGGGUUUCAGAGGGCAAUUCUAUAGUGGCAGCAUUAGUGAUUGUACCGGCAAACGCCUUUAUGGUCUACUGUACUUCUUCAGUAACGGUGACAUGAUGCAGUCGUGUGUCUAUACACUAGUGAGAGUUACAGCAGCUCUCAGUGCUACGACACCACAGGUACUGGGUGAUGUCUUUGGGUUCUUCAGGGGUGGUGUAGGAGAGAAGGAAAAGGGAAUGAACAAGAGUGGACGAGAGGCGACAUGUGCACACAGCAAGGACCCAUCUAAAAAAGAAGAUGAAGACUACUUUUGCGGUUGGUGUGCCUCUGGGUUACGGGAAGAGGUAAAGAAGAUAGAGUGGAUACCAAAGAAGGACGAUGAUGGAGGGAAGUACAGAGGGAGUGUAGGAGAAGCGCUGAUAAAGAUUAAGGGUGAUAAAGACACUGGUAGUCCUGCUCCAUUGUCCACCGCUCCUACCACUCCUAGUAACCUCUCGACCCUGACCAAGGACUCAGAAUACCUCUCUCCCCUAACCGGUGAACUCUAUACCGCAGUGAGUGCCACCUUCGGUAACACAUACCUCUCAUGGGUACUAUAUCUAUCAGAUGCACUUCAAUGGGGACUAGAAUCACUGGCUAGUGAGUUCAAGCAAAUUGAAUGCCGGGGAUGUAAGGGAAACUGUGACCCCAAUAAGUGCAAGAAGGGACAUCAUGGUGACAAUGGCGGUGGACACUAUGGUAACCCAUUCAAUCUGGAGGGGUACCACCAGAAAGAGGAGGAGAAGGGAGAUUAUAGUAUAGAUAACAAGGGUGGGAAGAAGCUGUGUCAUCAAUUCUUGGACAGUCUCAGUGCAGUGAUCAAACAGAAGGAGAACCCCUCUCAGCAGGACCAGGACCAACACCCCCUCACCAACCUCCUCUCCCAGGUCGGCAAGCUCCAAUACGACAUACGCCUCCCGUGGAUAUUUGUUCUCACGGUAGCGUGGCUAGUAGCAGUGCUCUAUCUCGCUUUUGGUGCCAUAUGGCCACUGGACUGGGCACAUAUGAGGUCACACUGGUUACGGGGUGGAGCACACCAGUGGCAGUGUAUGUGGUAUAAGGUGAUGACGGGGAGGAAGGGAAUGGAACUGGUGGAGUAUUUUGGGAGGAGGUAGUGGCGACGUAGUGGUAGUAUUGUAGAGACA